AGCUGUUAUGUCAAUAUUUUGUUUGUAGUUUUUCUGCUGGUUGAUGUGUUUAUUAGUAUUUGUUUUUGUUAAUUGACAUUUACUCGCUACUAAAAUGGGAACAAGAGCUGCCGCCUUUACUGCAAAAAUUCGGAAUCUUCACGAUUAUCAACUUCGACUUCUGCAUGGAAUUAUGCCUGUGCCAUCUGGUGUAGAUAUUGCCAACACACUGAAAUAUUUUUCUCAGACAUUAUUGACUGUAUUGAAAGAUGUGCCUGACUCACCACUUGAGAUGUUGAAAUGUCAAGAAAAGGAUGGGAUUCGAAUGAGCCUUUAUCCCAAUCUUGAUUAUAGGGGUCUCUUUAAUGCUGUUGUUCAGCUUGUUGAUAUUGCACCACUCAUACAGUUCGGUCUGCAUGCAUUUGGGCAGGCAAUUCUACAGUGUGUGGGCUGUAUUUUACCAUUUUUGGAACAAGAUAUGAUUGAUGCUUUGCCCUAUACAGCAGCUUCAACAAUUGCUGUUCUCCCAUCUACUCUGCAUCAAGAGAUUGUUAAUUCACUGUGCUUUUAUAUACUGCCAUUUACAAUAACAAGAGGAGAUGAUAACGAUGGUGAACAAGAAACAUUUGCUCGCCAGUCUGUUGCUGCAAUAGUUAUGAUGAUCUUCCAGUACUCAGAUAACCCAGCUCAUCAUUGCCAGUUGUUGGAAUGUUUGAUGGCAACAAAGAAGAAUGUAGUGAAAGAUCUGCUUUGUGUAAUAGCAUAUGGAACUUCAAGUGCUAGGUCAUCAGCAGCAAAACUAUUAUUUUAUUAUUGGCCAACGUUCAACCCUGUCUUGUUUGAUCGAAGAGUUGUUUUGCAGAAAGUUGCAAAUGACUUCGUUCCAUUUGUUUGCCAGCGAGAUAUGUGUCCCAGUGCAGGGAACGCUGAAGCAGCGAAAGUUUGUUUUGAUCAUUGCAUUUCAAUCACGUUUGCCAGUGAUAGUCCUCCACCUUUGUAUCUUUGCAUAGAAUGUGCAAAUGAAAUACACAGGGAACAUCCAAAUCAAAUGUUCUUUGACAUAUUACAUCCAAUGCAACAAGUAUCAAUGACUUGUGAAAACAAGAAUUGCAGGGGUACUGACAAGUAUGCUAUCUCAAUUUGCUUUUCAACUGAAUGUGCAAGCUACAAUGGAAACCACCCUAUAAGAUAUUGUCAACAGUGCCACAGCAUCAGACAUAAUAAUCGCCGAGGAAUGGAUCAUAUUGUGCAUAAGAGUUUGCCAUACAUUUGGGAUAUGGAUACCAAAAUGAAAUCCUAUUUGGUGGAAGCAAUAGUCAGUUUGUUGAAAGAAGCAAAACCCUUAAGUGUUGAAGUGAACAGAGAAACUUCAGAUAUCCACACAAAGGCAACAUUGUUAAAUGUUCUGAAUGUAGCAGACAACAUACCAGUUGAAGAGAGGCAAUUACUUGGGCGUUAUGGUGUAUGGCUUUUAGUGGGACUUUGCACACCAAAUGAAACAAAACCUGUUGAGAUUCUUGGUAGAUUGCUGGCCAUGUUAUUCCACUGGUUUGAUAUUACUGCAUAUUCAUUUGAUGAUCAAAUUGAAAGCACAUUGGAACGCCUCAAAGUGGACUUUGUUUGUGACUGGUUGUCCCAGCUUCGUACAAGUCACUUCAAAAUAUUUGUGUCCUGUCUGUUACCACAUCCAGCAGAUUAUGCAAGAGUUGGUGGUCACUGGGACACACUUGUGUCACGUACAGCUCAUCUGAAGGAUGGUUUAAAUAGGUUAUUCUGUCUUGUACCAUAUGAAGUUAUUACCAUAGAAAUUUGGGAUUAUAUUAUGCCACACUGGAUGGAAGCUAUGGUAAAUGAUGUCCCAGGAAAAGAACUACCAGAAUUAAAAAUGCUGCUAAGCAAAAUGCUGGAUGCUGAUAUGAGUCCUCUGGGAUUUGAUACUAAGAAAUUAUACCGAUUUGUAUCAGUUAGAUUUAAGAAAACAUCAACUCAGGUUCAAGAGCAAGCAUUGAACUGGCUGCAGGUUCUAACAAUGCUAGAAAUUGUGAUACCUCUGCAUCUUCUGUUCUCAAUGUUUUCUGAUGGAGUAAGGGUCAUGAAGGGAGGAACUAAAGAAGAAUCUGACAAACAGAUGAAAUCAUACAAAAAUGGAGAUACAGGCCAGAGAGAAGGACAAAAAUCAUCAAAAGAUGAUAUUAGUUAACAUUUUUAAUGUAUAGUUCUUUUAACAGCGCCAGUUGUGGAAGAUGAGUCUGGAAAUACAUCUGGAUUUUCUGAUGAAGAAUUACCUGCUAUGAGACACAUGCAUUUUGAGACUGAUGCAGAACGAAAUUUGUCGUGCUGUAUUCUGAUGCUAGAUAUCCUUCUUAACCAGCUGGAGCUACAGAAGAUAGAGCGGCAUACAGGAGUGACUGGUGUUCUGUCACAAGAUGUGUGCCAACUGCUGAAAGCAAUGGUUGCUGUUUCAUGGCGUGCAGGUCACACAUGUCGUAUUGAUGAUAAUGAUCAGUGUGUCUUCUGUGAAUCAUGUGUAAUGUGGUACCAACUGGCAUUGGAAUUAGUCAAGCUGUUUGCACCACAACAGCCUGCCCAUCUACCAGAUUUUCCAAUUGACGAGCAGAAUGAAGACUCAAAUCAACAACGCAAGAGUCCUCCAGAAUUAGAGAAAAAGGCAGAGCCAAAACCUGAUGUUGUAAUCAAUAUGCCUAUUCCUGACAUUCCCAGUGUAGGUGGUGUCCUGGUUCAUAUGCCACAUAUAAUGACAGCAACAGUUGAGACUGUUACAGAACAGCUUGACCUGGCACCAAUAAUACCGACAGAGAGGGUAGUGGCUGCUGUAGCCAGAGCUGUUACUCUCACUGAUACAGAUGUUGCCACAGCCACAGUUCAGGUUGCAAGGCCAACAUUGGUUGGAGAAAAUGACGAGCCCAUUGAUACGGGUAAAGAGGAAGAACUAUCAGACUUCUGGCACACAUCUGUAGGGAAAUUUCGUUUUUCUCUUGAAGAACUUCCACAGCAGCUACAGUUUAUACAUCAACUGUUACAGGAACUUCCAAAUACAGAGGAACCAAAUAUUUUGUAUUAUAUGCUCCAAUGUUUGCACAUUUUGUGCUUGCACGGUGAUGCUUUAACCAAAGCAGCAAAGGACCAGCCAGGUUUCCUCAUAUGGUGCCAAGAAAAUCUUACAAUAAAAAACCUCUGGGACCUCUGCAGUGCUGAACACUCACAUAUAUGUCAAGUAUGUGUACCACUUCUACUUCAUUGUGUUACACUACCUUCUGGAUCUGAUGUUUUCUGGCCAAUAGUUCAAAGGGAAUUCCAAAGUACUGACUGGAGAGUGAGAUUUGUGGCAGUUGAGAGAGUUACAGUUAUAGCUCGCUUCAUGGAUUCAACACCUCUACGAAACAUUCAACCACUGCAGUCAGCUCUGGCAAAUGCUUUCUGUUACCUUAUUUCUAGUAUGGAUGACGCAAAUGUGGAGGUGGCGCAGAGAGCAACUCUAUACCUUGGAACUCUUCAUGAUACUGCUAUCAAGGCACUUAUUUUCUGCCUGGAAGCACAAUUUGACUCUGUGAUAGUGGACCGUCCUGUUGUACUGCAGUCUUUAUACCAACUUCAUAAUACACUUAGUGACAGAAGAAUCUUAACAUGGGAAUUUUUCUUAAAUCGAUUUGAUGCUUUAUUUUUGGAAGCACAGAUCAAUCUUGAGAAAUCAGGAGACAUUUCUUAUCUUCGAGAUUUAAGAAAUACAGAUUUGAACAGUGAAGCAUUUAUGCGAAAGUUGCACCGUGCUCAUGAAGCUCUUUCACAACAAUGUGAUGGCAGUACUAUGAGUACAAUGAAAACUCUGAGUGCCAGCUUUGGUGCAAAGUGGCCUUAUAAACGUACAAUGUCUGCACCUGCAUCAAUUGUUUCAAGAACAGACAUUAAGCAAGAGAAGGAGAAGGUGUACAACCGCCAGUAUUCAGCACCCAUCCUCAAGCGCAAGAGUUCCCGAUUUGGACUUGGUCAGUUGCUAGAGUCAUUUCCCCCCAGUACAAGAAUGGCAGAUGGUCAUAUUCACUCUUUGGGUGGAACAGAUGAUGGAAAUUUUCUUGGGUUUUUAAAUCGUGUCAUUAAUUUGGAAGAAGCAGAUCAUGAGACAAUGCAUCUUCUAAUUUUUCUUAUGAUGCAGUUUCUAUCCAGAGCAGACCAGGCUUAUCCCAGUGAUGAAAAAAUUGUAGCAAAGACCCAAAACAUUGUUUUGAGGCACUUGUACUUACUGUUGGGAUACAAUCAGAAUGAGAAGGUCUUUCAUAUUCCGCCCCAGAGAUUAAGGAUGUCACCAGUAUUUAAUGCAUUUUUGGCAAACUUGCCACAGUUGUUGGACCAAAAUCAACUUAUGGGCUGUUCUCUCCUGCCAACAUGCCUUGUGCUUUUACAGUAUUGUCCUUGUCCUCAUCAUCCAGGAGAAUUCCAAGUUCCAGCAUAUAGCCUAUGGUUUCUGGAGCCCCAUACACGUCGGUCUUGGCUAAUGGCAGUUCUUGUUCUGAUGUACAAGUACCAGUAUAAUCAACCUCCACACAGUGGCCAACUUCAGUCACUUAUCAAAAUUGUGCUGAAUACAUUGGACUCACAACAUCACCAGUGUCGUCAUAUACCUGCAACUCUAGUUAUGGGAACAUUGCCAUCUCGUUCUGAAGAUCUGAAUCAACCAUCUUUGGGUGGAGACAUAGAUGGAGGUGGACAAGGUGGAUGUGGAUUUAGCAGUGGGAAUGGUGGUCUCAUCAACAUUGGAAGUGGCAACACAGAAAAACUAGAUACACCCCCACUAUCCCCACUCUUUCCAGAAGAAGUGAAUCCUCAUAUUGCAGUCACCCCUAGAGCUGGGAAAAUAACAACACUUCACCAUCAAAGGUCUUUGCCUAACUUUGAAAUACGACACCAUACCAAUUUUCCAAGCAAAUCAUCCAGCUUUGAAAGAAGGAUGCCAGAGUCAAGUUACUCAAUUGAAGCAGAAACAACUGAAUCAGAACUGGCAGCUAUUCCAGAAAGUCCAAAAUCUGAUAGUACACUUCAUGGCAGCAUACAGGGAUCAUCUGAAGAUGAAUGUCUACCAAUGGCUGUGGAAAAUACAACUGCUUACCAUCAGAGGAAAGUUAUCACACCAGUAAAUAAUGGAGGCCAAUGUUCUCAGAAUCUUGCAAAUUACAGUGGAAAACAAAAUGUACAUGGGAACUUAAAACCAUUGCUGGCAUUCAAUUCAGGAAAUUCUACCCAUCAACAAUCAAAUAAGUCAUCUAAUAAUAGUAACAAUUCUGUUGUUACCAUGUGUAACUCUUCUGCAGUCACAACUCCUGAAUCAUAUAAAGCAUGCAGUCACAAUAGCACAGAAAAUCAGCAGUACAAUUCUGUAACCAGAUCACUUGGAAAGCAAAAAUGCGUGUAUGAACUGACAAACAUAAACAUGCUAGCACAGCAGCUGCCAUGGCAAAUUGAUAUUCCCAAGCAGACAGAACGACUUUUGCCUAUUGGAACAGCACGCCUUGUGCCAAAGAAUGUGACUUCAUCUUUGCAAUCUGAAGAUACGUAUAGCUCUCCUGAGUCACCCUUGUCCAAGAUGGAUGUAAUGACAGUUGGUUCUCCAAUGGAUAUUGACAGUGAAAAUAAUGUGUCAUCAGAAGUAGCAUCAACAUGCAGUGCAUCUCACUUGGAGUUCCCUGUCCCUGAGAGACUACUCCCAGUUGGUCCAAAACAGAAGGACCUUUCAUCACUUGUGGAACAUGUAAAACAUGCGUUAAGUAUUGCCUCAGAUUGCCCAAAUACACCAGACUCGAAGCCAACAGAACUUGAAACAUUUGCAAGUACUAUAUAUUUGAGACAAGACAGUUUUGAGAAAUCAGAAACUCAGUGUACUUCACCCACAGCUAAUCGAGAAGAGUCUACACAUGGAGUAAACUUAAGACGUCUUAUCAAACAAGCUGCAGUUGACUCUCCUCCACCACAUAUACAAGGGGAAUUAGAAGACUACCAUUCAUCAUCCCACAGAAUUGUACAAUAUGACAGAAAAACUCAAAUAGUUAAAGCAGAUGAUGAUGUAUACACACAGAAGCAGUGGUCAGGGAAAAGUGGAACAUUUGCUGCAGGUCAGCGUGUGGCCUCAGAUAAACACCAACAGUCUGGACCCUGGUGUCGCCCUCAGACAUCUGUACUGGAUCCUUUAACACAACAAGCAUGUCAUGCUGAAUUCCACCUGAAACAGAGCUCAUUCAGAACUGGAGAUGAAUGUGUUUAUGAAAGGUGUUCUGAAUGUGGACUGGUGAAGGAGGAAUAUAGUGAUGAAGAAAUGGGCCUUUGCAUCAUAAUUCUGGGAACAUUUAUACACCGUGAACCAGCUCUUGCAGCACCUUUGCUACCAGAGAUACUCAGCAUUGUUUCAAAGAUAGCUCUCAAUGCAACCUACCCAUGGCAGGCUGAGACAAAUAUAUAUUUACCAGGUGGUGCUAUUAGUGUUGCACACCAGUUUCUUAGAUGUGUGCUACACCAGCUUGCGCCUAAUGGUGUAUUUGUUCAAAUGUUCCAGACUAAUGUUGAAGAACAUCUGAGAAUGCAGUUCUUCAAGUCUGUAACUCAAGCACUAUUGGACUUCCCUGAACUGAAUGUGUUGGCACCACUGCAGCUUUUGUUAGAGGCAUUAAAUGCUCGCAAGUCUCUUCCCAGUGAAAACCUUGGCACAGUAUUGUGGAAUGUGGCCUGCUACCUGGAUUGCUUGCCUGCAGAAGCAGGUGCAGGACUGUGGGGUGGUCUUUUAAGUCAGCUGGAAUUACUGCUACGCCGGCUGUCACUUGGCCUGUCUGUCCUCCCUGACCCUGCUCCUCUUUUGCGAAUUGCUUCUGCUGCACUCAGAGCUCCAGGAAUUACAACAUGCAAGGGUUUGCUUGAUCCCUUCUCAAAAGUAGUGAGCUUUGCUAUCCAGAAUCACGCCAUCAAGUAUAACAGCUUAUUUGACUUGUGCUAUCUUUGCAACAGAGCAUUUACAAGGGAGAGAGAGAAGCUCAUUCUCACACGGAUGGUUGUUUUUGAGCUGAUCCAAGCUUUAAAAUUCAAGACUUCCAUUCCAGAUUCAAACAUUAUAAUGCUCAUUAACUUUGUUCUCCAGGAUGCUGGUAGCUCAUUACCAGUGAAUAUGUUGGUGGAACAUUCCUUCCCUGUAGGCCCAGAAGGUGGUCCUGUGUACAACACAAAUGCUUCAGAGUGUAUGAGACAUCACCUUGGAGACUCAUUGGAAUUCUUAGCUGACUUCCAUACACUAAGCAAAGUCAAGAGCUACUGUAAAGGUAUGGCAGCUGGACUGAAUGAAGAUACACUUGGUGGCGUACUGAAGAGUGGAAUUGCACAAUUCCUUGCCUUAGAAAUCACAAGAGGAAACAGCAGAGACAGCAGAGCAGUGUCAAGAUACUUGCCUUGGCUCUACAAUGCACCUUCAGCUCUGCAACAAGGGCCUCGUGAAUUCAUUGAGUGUGUUGGUCACAUACGCUUACUUUCAUGGCUUCUAUUGGGAGCACUGACCCACACUGCACUACAUAGUGGAUCAGUGACAAGUCACACUCCUUGUCAACCAGUACCACAAGAAGCCUCCUGCCACAUUGCUGACCACAUCCAAGUCAUUAUGGCAGGUUUUGCCGAGCAAUCAAAAGCAUCAGUUUUGCAUAUGUCUUCUCUUUUCCAUGCCUUCAUUCUUUGUCAGUUGUGGACUGUAUACUUGGAGCAAAUUGCGUCACAUAACUUGCCAAGUAGUGAAGCUCAUUCAUUGACCAUGAGCAUCUUAUUUGACUUCUGGGGUAAGGUUACGCCAUGUAUACUGCAUCUUGUGGCCCAUUCUAAAGUGUUGGCAGAAAUGGUCAAUUUACAUUUUCUAAGCCUCCUAGAAGCUCUUCUUGAAUGCAACUCUGCUGUUUUGAGUAAACUUCUGCCAAUUUGGAGUCCUGUUCUGUUUGCUUAUCAUAUCCAGCUUCCAGGACAUCUUCAUGUUCGCCUUCAGGGAUGUCGUAACUUUCCACCUGUGGUCACACCAGCAAUGCCACCUCCAGAUGAGACUCAUUCCUUGAGUAACAUAGUCCUUCUACGAUGGCUUCAGCGGCUUCAGUUUAAGAUGGGACAAAUAGAGUUGCAGUCAUCUGCAGCAACACAGUUCUACUCUGUAUAACAAUGUUCUGCAACUGCUUUACAGCAGACCAAUUUCCAAAAGAAAUUCAGAUGAACUCAGUGAAUCUACUGGAUAACUGCACCUAAUAUUUCAGUUCCAGAAAAUAGCCUUUGGCCAAUAGAUACCAUUAAAAGUGGUGUUCAUAAAACACAACAGUUUUGUGAGAGUUUAUAGCAACUGCACAUGAAACAUCAGUUGUAGUGCAUAGGACACUUUUUGCCUUGAGAUUAAUUUAAAAUAUCUUACAAAAUUUACUGUUUGCCAUUACAUCUCAGUAUACACAGUAUUUUAUAAAUGAGAGUCAAAUUUAAAGAACAAAAAGGUACAAAGUAAAAGUUAAAAUAAGUAUUGAACUAGAUUGUUUAAAAAGCCUUCUCUAGAAAAUAAUACUACUCACACGUUACUUGUUUGAAAAGAAUGGCUAAGAUUUUUGUGAUCAUGGAUUUGAAAAAUUGUGUUCCAUCCAUCACAUAAAGCUAAAAUAUUAAAUAUUCACAUUGUACUAGCUAUUCAUAUUGUAGUUUUUAUAUAUGAGAAAAAAUCUGUUGUUACACAGAACGAACAGGGAACCAAUUCAUUACUAGUGCCACUUCUCUCAUAAAAAUCUCAUCACUGUCAUGACAACAGAAGGGUACACUUGCUUUUUUGUUAUCUUUCCACCCAGGAAUCAAGAUCUCUUUUCCCAGCCCAGAUGGACUCUUGUGCAUAGAUCCAUUAUUACUAGUAUGUUUCUUUGAUACUGAGUUGCUUUAUAUGAAAGAAACUAAAAAUGUUCCAUCUCUGAUUCCAUAGCAAGAAUUUGGCUGUCAUAUUAAACAUGCAGUCAGUUAGAUAACUACAGAUGUAGCACCACAACCAGUAAUAACAUUGAUAAUUUUUAUUUUUUGUACUCAUAUGUGUUUAUUUUAAAUGGCUAUAUGAAAUACCUGCAAAUUUUUAUCUCAGAUACUUACUUGUUGUUUGAUCAUAUAUGAUAUUAUUAUGUAAGUUGUGUAAUGUAAGCCCAUUCUUUCUUUAAAAUAGCAAUAUAUUAAAAGCAUUUUGUACCAUUUAAUUAUAGGUGACUGCAAACAUAUAGAUGUAGUAUUCUGUCACAAUUCAAAAUCUCUUACCAGCUAUAAAAAAACAGUAUUUUAAGUCUGAAAUUCCGACUUACAUUCAUAUAUCACUUACUUUCACAAUGCUUCACUUUAUCUCAGAAAAACUCAAUCAAAAUUUAUUUAUUUGCUCCAUGGAACUUAUAAUGUACAUAUAUAAAAGAUACAGGACAACAAAAAUAUAUGCUGAACAACAGCCAAAUAUAAAAAGAAGUUACAUGCAUAGUUGAACACUAUGCAUAUAAUAUUUCUAGAAAAAUUGUCUAUUAAUUAAAUUGUACAAUGACCCAUAUACUUUGAUUUCUGAGUACCUUAUUUAUGAACAUGGUUUUUGCAGCAUUUCCUAUUAAAAUGAAAACAUAGUGCUAAGAAUAAAUAGCAAAUUACCAGUGCAUACAGGAAAUUAACAAUUUACAGCACUUCUUGAAUUGUGUCAGACUCUUCAAACAUGAAACUUUUGAAACUUUUCAUGGAAAGUAGGAAAUAAUGCAAAACCUGAUAAUUAUAAUAAAAAAAUAAUAAAAUAGUGGACAUAAGCAUAAACAGGGUAAUAAAUAUUUUUCAGCAGAAACUUAAAAUAUUCCAGAUUCAGAGACAUGAAACCUUUCAUUGGUCAACACUAAAGGAAAGAUAUUCAAAGACAAUACAUGCAAUGUGACUUAUUAACAACAUACCUUGUGAGAAGAUGAGAAUGAUUUUCGCUGACCUUGUUAAGAAGAUGCCAGGAUCAACAGUAGCCAAAGAGGUGUUUAAGAUAAGCUGGGGGUAGAUCAAGAAGUUUAAAAGAAGCACCAGCAACCACAGUGUUGUGAGGCACAGCAAAGCGGCCAGCACCAACACACAGCAGAGAACUUCAUCAGCAAUUUCAAGAUGCUCAUAGAUUCUAAGGGUUAUCUUCUGCAAUACAUUUUUAACCAUGACAGAUAGCUCUGUUCUGGAAAAAGAUGCCAAAGCAUACCUUUAUAACAGCAGAGGAGAAUGCAUUUCUGGUCGCAAGCCAAUAAAAGACCAUCUCAAACUGCUGUUCUGUGCCAUUGCAACGGGGAUUGAAAAAUUAAAUUGCUGCUUGUUUAUGAUUCAGAAAUUCCAAGAAGUGUAAAGUCCAGAAAAGCAAGUAACAUGUGAUGUGGAGGUGCAAAAAGAAGGCUUGGGUGACACAUGAUCUUUUUUGUGAUUAGAUCAAUGAAGUGUUUGGUACUUCAGCGAAAAAAUAUUUGCUUGAAUAAAUGGCAUGAAUAAGAUAGAACUUUUAGUGCUUUUUCUGCAUGGGAUGCAUUGUUGUAUUUUACAUUAAUUUAUAUGGGAUAAAUUGUUUUGAUUAAGGAGUGUAUUGCACUAUGAGUAAGAUUCUGGAAUGAAUUAUGCUUGCUAUGCAAUGUUCCACUGUAUGAAGUCAUUGUAAUGAUGUGUCAAUUAAAUUAACAGAAAUAGUUAUUUGUAUUCACGUUAAAACUCUGCUAGCACGGCAAAUCUGUGAUUGACAACAGUUCUACAGAUUUUGAAGAACAAAAUUUUAUGGUAUGGUCAUGGUUAUUAUAUAUCUACAGAUUCAAUAAUGCUCAUCUAAAUUAGGAUACUUUUCUACAAAAAUUUUAAUGUUUUUUUUAAUAUAUAUGUUAUAAACUCUGGGUGUGAAAAACUGGAACAAUAGGCUGCCCUCUUCUACAGAUGUAAUAUACACAGUUUUCAGGGACUGUGCUUUGAACGCUAUCACACAUUUCUCAAGUACGUUUCUGAUUAGUUUCAUGCAUUAAGUCCAGCUCUGUUGAGAGGAGACAUAACUGCAUAGCCUGUUAAUGUAAUCUACUAAUAAACUAAUGUAAUGCUUUCUGUGUUUUAAAAACUCAAGGCUUCACCAUGUUCUGAAUUUCUCAAACUAACUGGGUGAGUUACUCAACAGAUUUGAGUAAUAUUAUUUUUGUUAACAUAUGUAGAUUAAAAAUAAAUGGAACAAUUCCAUAAUCAAACAUUUAUUUUUUUAAAUGAAAUUAGAGUGUAUUCAAGAAGAAAAAUGGAUGAGAAGCAGAAAAAUGGAUGAGAAGCAGAAACAUUUGUUACCUAAAUUCAAUGAAUCCACUGAAGCUUGAAAAUUCAAAUAAGCCAUUACAUACAUAAUCAGAGCACUUUUAGAGAUUUCAUGUGAAAGAGUACUGUGCAAAAGACCAGAAAAAUAUUAAAUUAAUAAUAUCAUUAUUUACUGUAGUCAGACACAGUAAUAGAAUAAAUGUUAUUACCCUAAAAGAUUGACCAUUUAGCAAAAGGGUUAAAUCUUCUAGUUCAUUGUAUCACAUCACAUUCCUCUUGAAUUUCUUCUAUAUAAUAGACGUUUUGAACCAUUUGCUGGGAUAUUCUUCGGGAUCUGCUUGUGCUCACAAUUAGUUUUUCUACUAAUGGAAGUUUCCUCAAAACAUUUUGUUGGGACAAAAUGAGAGCAUAUGGGCAACAAAAGGAUAUCAAAACUUGUAGACUAAAAAGCCCUUAAUAGUAAGACAUUGCCAUAACUAGUAUCAAUAGGAUACAUAAUCCUUUUCAAAGGGAAACAGAAAGUACCAACUACAGUUUUGUUUAUUUUUUAACACUUUCAUUAUUUUUUAUAUAUUUUAAUUUAUCAAACAAAAUAUAGUUAGUGAGGUACUACUUGUUUGCAAUGAACUGUCCAACACUGAAACUAACAGAAAAUUACUUAACCAUGCCUAGCCCUCCCCCCAUCUGGACUCCACAGUCCAUGGGUUCAAUGAUCUACUUCUUCUCUGUGAAAUUCGAACACCUGUCCUUCUUUGAAGUCAUUUCUAAAACUAAUUUAUAUACUGUGGUAAGUUACACUUUGUUGAGGAAACAAAGUAGUGUAGUGAAGAGUUGAAUGAUGUAACAGUUAUCUGAACAAGCGACAAAGAAAUUUGAACUGCAGUGUGUUAUUCUCUGAGUUUGAAUUAUAAUGGGUUUGUCAUGACAAUUGCUUUGAUUUAUCAAGUGUACAUAAUAUUUCUUUGAUUUAUGGUGUGUGUGUGUGUGUGUGUGUGUGUGUGUGUGUGUGUUUGUUGAAAUAAAUGAGUGAAAUUAUGUUUGGAAGUAUAUAUUUGACACAACUGAGUAUAAUACCUCCUUUUUGUGUGAGUGGGGGAGAAAUAUUUUUUCCACUAAGCAGCUACUAAAAUUUAUUUAUUUGUAUACCAGUUCUGCAGCAUUAAAACCAUGUUUCCUUUAAAGAGACUAUGGUUUCAAAUCAUCUCAAAAUAUUUGGAGAACUGUGUUUCUCACGUAGUUCUACUGUAAUAGUUUUACCAAUGUUAAAAAACUGAAAGAACAGUACCCAGAUUAACCUCAAGUAAUAUAGAGUGGUAAUGUAGUUACCCACCUUUAUUUAUGUAAUUGUAUUAUGUGAUUUCUGACCAUUUUUAGGUAAUCUUGUACUUUCAUGUGAUUUUAUUUAGUACAGAAAUGUCCUGUUGGCAGUUGUUAAAUGCAUAUUAAAUCAAUAACCCACUAAAGAUA